AUGAACAGCAUUGGCAUUCCUCUAAAGCUUUUGCACGAAGCAACAGGACAUAUUGUUACUUGUGAAUUGAGUAAUGGCAGUACUUACCGAGGAAAAUUGCUUGAAGCUGAGGAUAAUAUGAACAUACAACUUAAAGAUAUUACAGUUACUGCAAGAGAUGGCCGAGUUUCACAUCUAGAUCAGGCAUAUAUUCGUGGAUCGCAUGUUCGCUUCUUUAUUGUACCAGACAUGUUAAGAAAUGCACCAAUGUUUCGUUCAAGAUCUGUUCGUGGACGUGGUAUUGGUAUGGCUCGUGCUAGAGCUACUGUCGCUCGUGCUAGAGGACAGCAAAAGAGAUAA